AUGGAUUCAUCAGAUAAUGGAUUGAUAAAUAAUGACGGCAUGCAAAUACCAUUACUUGUUAAUGAAGAAGAUAAAGACGACGAUUAUCGAAUCGAACCAUUAUCAAAAGCACGCGGUAUUCCUGCUCGAUAUGUUGUCGCCAUUUGGGCAUUUCUUGGUUUUGUUUGUUUAUAUUCAUUGAGAGUUAAUUUAUCUGUUGCUAUUGUGGCCAUGACAAAUCCUCAAAGUACAAAAAAUGAAUCUGUUGAAGCAUGUCCUUCAAUGGAUAAUAGUAAUAGUUCAUCAUUUCAGCCAUAUAUAUAUGGAGAAUUUGAUUGGACACCUAAAACUCAAGGUUUUAUAUUGGGUUCAUUUUUUUAUGGUUAUGUCCUUACUCAAGUCAUCGGAGGUAUAUUAGCCGAACGGUUUGGUGCUAAAUGGAUUUUUGGUGGAAGUAUUUUUAUUGCUGGUAUUCUAACUCUUUUAACACCACUUGCUGCUCGAUUACAUGUUAAUUUACUUAUUGCAAUUCGAUUAUUAAUUGGUGCUUUUGAAGCACCUGCGUUUCCAAGUGCAACAGCAUUAUGGGGUCGUUGGAUUCCACCAUUAGAAAGAAGUAUAAUUCCACCAAUAGCUAGUACAGGCAAAGAAAUUGGUAUUAUUAUUACGACACCCUUGGUGAGUCAAUUGUGUGCAUCAACAUUCUUAGGUGGUUGGCCAUCAGCAUUUUAUGUCUUCGGUAUUCUUUCAUGUCUAUGGUUUAUUGGUUGGGCUUUUUAUGCAUACAAUUCUCCAUCAGAACAUCCACAUAUAACAUACGAAGAAAAAUUAUAUCUUCUUCGAUCUAUACCAAAACAAAAAAAAUCUCCAACACCUUGGUAUGAUAUCAUAACUUGUGUACCACUUUAUGGUAUUGCUAUUCAACAUAUUUGCACAAAUUUUGUUUUUUAUAUAUUACUUACAUCAUUACCAACUUAUUUUUCAACAAUUCUUCGAUUUAAUUUAAAACAAAAUGGAAUUAUGUUUGCUAUACCUUAUUUAUUUCAACUUAUUUUUACGAUAGUCUCAGGUCAGAUAGCUGAUCUAAUACGAGCUAGAAAAAUUUUAUCAACAACAGCUACGAGAAGAUGGCAAACAAUUAUUGGAGCUUUUGGAACAUCAUUUUUUCUUGUCUUAGUUGGUUUUAUUGGCUGUAAUCAUGUUUUAGCUGUUAUAUUUAUUUCUCUAUCUGUUGGAUUUAUUGGAUUUCAAGGAUCUGGUAGUCUUAUUUCACAUUUAGAUAUUGCCAGUAAUUAUGCAGGUACAUUAAUGGGAAUUACAAAUAUGUUAGCUGCAAUACCUGGUUUUGUUGGACCAAUAUUUGUUGGAUGGAUAACAAAUCAUAAUCAAACAUUAGCAGCAUGGAAAUUAAUUUUUAAUAUAUCAUCGAGUGUUUGUCUUUUUGGUUGUCUUAUCUAUUGUAUUUUAUUUAAUGGUGAAGAGCAAUUAUGGAAUCGAGAUCAUGUUGAACAAUAA